AUGGUAGCCAACACAUCUAGGGCAAGGAAAACGCUAAAUACAGGCUGUGGUAUUAAUGAUGAUGAAAUUGUGGUAUUGGAUGAGGACUACGUUAUCGACAAAUCGGAUGCCUUCCCAACAAUCAAAUUCUCGGAAAAAGUUCAUGAUCAAAUUGAUAAAAACAUGAGGAAUGUCAUCAUCGUUCGGCUGUUAGGACGGAUGAUAGGAUACAAAGCCCUGUUAAAUCGGAUCCAAGCCCUAUGGAAACCAAUUGGAGAAAUACAACUAAUCGACCUAGAAAACAACUAUUUCUUAGUCAAAUUUGCAGAUGAAGAUGACUAUACAAAGGUAUUAACAGAAGGGCCAUGGAUAAUAUAUGGAAGCUAUUUGAUAGUCCAACCGUGGAGUAGAUCAUUCUCAAUUUCUGAAAAACAUCCAUCACAAGUGAUAGUAUGGAUCAGGUUGCCAGGACUACCUUAUAGAUACUAUACAAAAGCACUUUUUCGACUAAUUGCUUCAGUAGUCGGACGAGUAAUUAAAGUUGAUUAUAACACUCAGGCGGGGGAAAGAGGUAAGUUUGCAAGAAUCAUGGUUUUAGUAGAUCUAAACCAACCACUAAUUCCUUGUAUUAGAAUAGAUGGAUUCACACAAAAACUAGAGUACGAAGGAUUACAACAGAUUUUCUUCCAUUGUGGGGUUUAUGGGCAUAUAAGAGAGCAAUGUGCAGCAUAUCAAGUACAUAUAGAAUCUAAACGUGAGGAAGAACUUAAUGAAAGGAACAAAAACAACCAUAACCUUGCAACAACAUCAGAAGAAACAAUGUUUGGACCAUGGAUGGUGGUGGAAAAUCGUCGAAGAAAAACAACGACGACACAAAAGACUGAGAAAGACAAGGCGAAACAAAAGUCUGAAAUAGGGGGCUCUAGUUUCAUUAUUUUGAACGAAGAAGAGAAUGGUUACAUGGCUGAAAUAUAA